AUGGCCAGCAAUGUCAAAACAGAGUCAAAUGAAGAUACAGCAGUUAUGCCAAAUAAACGUCUUGUCAAGCUCACAGAAAAGGGACAAGCAGCAUAUGAUGCUCGAGUUCAGUACUAUUGUGACAAACUGUUGAAACUAAGACAGGAUAUUGAGAAAAUUGCCAAUACAUCCCCAGAAUUUGAGAAAGAUGUUCCCCUUUUAAAGAAAUUGUUCAUGGAACAUGAGGAUGUGUGUUGUGACUUUGAAAACUAUCUGCAAGGUAUGAGAACUAUUGAUAGUGAACGUGAGCUUUCCACACAGAGGCUAUUCUCCAGGAAAUUGACCGACACUGUGUUAGAAAUAAUACAAACUGUCAAGUCUGCCCAAAUAGAUACACAGCCACAGCGCAACUAUGAAUCAGAUACAUCAUCGCAGAGAAGCUUUUGUUCAGUAGGACAUGACAUAACUGCUGAUUUAAUCUCCCACAAGACCAAGGCAGAGCAGCUAAAGGUUAAAAUAGAGUAUGCUGAGAAGGAAGCCAUUCUCAAACAAGAGCAGGCUGCUCUUCAGACUAAGCUGGAGUUGCUUAGCCUGAAGGGACAGUACCACGAGGAAGAGGCUGCAGCCAGGACCAUCGAACAAAUCAUGGACUCCAGUAUCGAUGAAUCCAGUCUUGACUUCUCAGACACUGACUCUAUCACAACGAAACCGAUGAGCGAACCCCGGAUUCCAUCAUGCGAAGUUCCGAUGCAAUCAUACCAAGCUUCGACACCAUUGCACCAAACUCCCACCUCAAGUCGCGUUCUCAAUCUAAACCCACUGGCCCAACCAUAUCACCCCCAACAGCCAACAUACAUGAAUAUGUGUGUGGACUUUCAAAAGUUCAUGGUUAGGAAAGAUCUACUUCUCUCGAGGCUUGUAAAGUUCACAGACAGUCCAGAAGACUACGAUGCCUGGAAGUCGACGUUCACAAAUAUCAUCACGGAACUAGAGAUAGAAGCACCCAACGAGAUUGAUCUCCUCAUUAAGUGGCUGGGUCCAAGAUCCUCUACUCAUGCGCGGAGCAUUAAGAGUGCCAAUGCUCGCGACCCCCAGCGGGGAGUCGAUCAAGUGUGGGAGAGACUCAAUGAAAUAUAUGGGUCACCAGAGAAUAUAAAAGCUGCCCUUGAUAGGAAGGUAAUGAACUUCAGGGAACUGAACGAUAGAGAGAAUGACAGGCUGUAUGAUCUGCUUGACAUUGUCCAGGAAAUCGAGUCAUACAUGUGUGAUACAAGGUAUGCAAACCUGUUGUCCUACUACAACUGCUCAGUAGGCAUAAACCCUUUAGUGGAAAAACUACCUAGGAAUAUCAAGGACAAAUGGGUAACACAGGCAUUCAACUACAAGCAGAACCAUAAAGUUGCAUUUCCCCCAUUUUCAUUCUUAGUGAACUUUAUCAAGAACAUGGCCAAAAUGAGGAACGAUCCAGGGUUUGUAACCACCACUCAACCCUCAGGUCAAAUGCACAGCAGUACACGCUCUCGUCGACCGAUCGGUCAAGUCAAAGCGGUGAAGACAGAGCUGAAAAGUAACCAGGACAAACCUGAUGAGGAGGACACCUACAAAUACACAAUAGUGUGUCCGUAUCAUGGAACUAGGCACUACCUCAACGCCUGUCGUGAAUUUCGACGAAAGCCGCUUGUCGAAAGGAAAGACUUUGUUCAGAACCAGGGUCUGUGUAUGCGGUGCUGUGGACCUUUCAAGCAUGAGACUUGUACAGCAAAGGUAAAGUGCUAUGUCUGUGGGACCUCGGCUCAUCCAACGGCAUUCCACGUAGAGAAAAAUCAAGUGGGACUAAACACGGGUGAGGCCAGUAGUGCACAUAUUGACAGAUCGCAGAGAAACCCGCCACCUAAACACAGUACAGAGGCUAAACAAGCAGAAGUCAAAUGUACUCAGGUCUGUGGGCAAGCAAACUCUACGAGCAAGUCUUGUGGCAAAACAAUACUGGUCAAUAUCCAUCCAAGUGGUCAGCCAGAUAAAAGUGUCAGGAUGUAUGCUAUAAUUGACGAUCAGAGUAAUCAGACACUCGCACGAUCAAAAUUCUUUGACAUGUUUGGAGAGAGAGGUAACGAUGUCGAGUACACACUAUCAUCAUGUUCAGGAUCCGUCACAGUUUGUGGUAGGUCAGCCCAUGGGUAUGCAAUCAAGUCAGCGAAUGGAAACACACAGCUGGAUCUACCAACCAUCAUAGAAUGUGAGGAUAUUCCGAAUGUCCGCAACGAGAUCCCUACACCUGAUGUCGCACGUCAUCACAUCCACAUGAAGUCCAUUGCUCAGGACAUACCAGUUAUAGACAAUGACGCAGAAAUCCUCCUCCUUAUUGGUCGAGAUCUGCCUAGCGCACAUCAUGUGAUUGAUCAACGAAUCGGUGAAGCGAACUCCCCAUUUGCACAGAAGCUCACAUUAGGAUGGACUAUUAUAGGUGAAGCGUGCCUUGGUGCAGUUCAUCAGACAAAAGUGAACGUCAACAAGAUUUACGCUUUAAAGACGGGUAGACCUUCACUGAUGAAUCCAUGCCCCUACGACAUCACAGUCUCGGAGAUAUCUGAUCAGGACACUCUAGAAAUCUUCAAGAAAACCCCAGCAGAUAAUCAACCAGGCCUCUCGCGAGAAGACAGAGAAUUCAUGGUGCUUAUGGAAGAAGGUAUGAGAAAAACAGAUUCCGGUAAUUGGACCGCUCCUCUUCCCUUCAGGGAGGGACGAAAGAAACUGCCUGACAAUCACUCUCAAGUUGAGAGGAGAGCUAGGACAUUGCACAACAGCAUGUUGAUGAAUGAGGCAAAACGUGAACACAUGUUAACCUUCAUGGAGAAAAUCAUCAAACGUGGACAUGCUGAGAAAGCCCCAUCUAGGGUCAAAGGUGAAGAGGCAUGGUACCUUCCCUUAUUUGGCGUGUACAAUAAGAGGAAACCCGGCCAAAUUCGAGGUGUUUUCGACUCCUCUGCCAAACAGGAUGGCAUAUCGUUGAACAGCGUCUUAAUGUCCGGCCCGGAUUUAACAAACAACCUCCUCGGAGUCCUAAUGAGGUUUCGAUGCCAUGACGUUGCAAUCACUGCAGACAUUGAACAAAUGUUUUACGCCUUCAAAGUUGACGAGGAACAUCGCAGGUACCUGAGGUUUCUGUGGUAUGAGGAUAACGACUUUACCAAACCUCUCAUCGAAUACCAUAUGACUGCUCAUGUGUUUGGGAAUUCACCCUCUCCUGCAGUGGCCACAUAUGGUCUGAGAAAAUCCGUUGAGCAUGCUGCACCAGACGUCAAACAGUUUGUCAAACGAAACUUUUACGUCGACGAUGGUUUGACGUCUCUUCCAGAUGUUGAGUCCGCGACCUCUCUCCUAGAGCGUACUCAGCAGACGUUGAAACAGGAAGGGAAUCUGCGACUCCACAAGAUUGCAUCAAACAAACCUGAACUCCUCAAACGAUUCAACAAUGAAGACCUGGCCCAGGAUCUGAAGGAUAUUAAACUGGAGAUUGAAUCAGCACCUCUCCAGAAGAGUCUUGGACUAUACUGGGACAUCAGCUUAGACUCUUUCACCUUUCGUGCAGAUACUGAAAUCCGACAAUACUCACGGAGGGGAGUACUUUCCACCAUCAACAGCUUGUACGACCCUUUUGGCUUUGCGUCGCCUGCAUUGCUGAAAGGUAGACUUCUACUCAGAGACCUGUUUACUACCACAACAGGUUGGGAUGAUCCUCUCCCCGAGAACCGAAGACAGGAGUGGGAGCAGUGGAGAGACUCACUAAGAGCCCUAGACAGCAUCUCAAUUGGACGGAAGUAUGCAGAUCUCGACUCAUCGGGAGAGCCAAUGAGAGAGAUACAGAUCUUCUCUGAUGCCUCUAAAGAUGCCAUAUCAGCUGUGGCAUACCUCAAGAUAUACAAUGUAGCUGGUGAAAGCAGAUACACUUUCCUUCUUGGAAAGUCAAAGGUAGCUCCGCAACAUGGACACACGAUACCUAGACUUGAACUUUGUGCUGCCUUAUUGGCAACAGAAAUAGGACAGAUCAUCGAGAAGGAGUUAGACAUUCCUGCGUCAGACAUGAGGUUCUACACAGACAGUCAAGUUGUGCUUGGGUACCUCCAUAAUCAUUCACGAAGGUUCUAUGUCUACGUGGCGAACAGGGUUGACAAGAUUAUGGACUUUACAAAACCCUGGCAGUGGGCAUACGUCUCAACUGAUAUGAACCCAGCUGAUGAAGGUACCAGAGGUGUAAUUCCAAGGAGUAUGCAAGGCAGUGCGUGGUUAAAUGGACCAAAAAGUGUGAAACUGACGAACACAUCACAGUACCCACUUGUGCAGCCAGAGGAGGACAAGGAGGUAAAACCGGUCACUGUGCUCUCCACCUCAGUGAGCCAUCCAUCAUUCUCUCAACAUUAUGAGAAGUUCUCCUCAUGGACCAGCCUCGUUAGGAGUGUAGCCUACCUCAAACAUGUCGCACGAUCAUUCUCUGGUGCCACAGAGUGUCGUGGGUGGCACAUGUGUAAACUCUGGCAAAUCCCUGGAAUCAUCAAAGAAACUGAACACGCUAUUAUUCGUCAAGCACAGAUGGAUAUGCAUGCUUCAGAAAUCCAAUGCCUCCAAGCUGGCAAGAAUCUUCCAAAAUCCAGUCCGAUCAGAGCUUUGUCACCAAUACUAGAUGAGAAUGAUAUGCUAUGCGUUGGAGGACGCCUCGGGAAAUGCUUAAAGAUGGAUGUUUCAGAGACAAACCCUAUCAUCCUGCCCAAAGGACAUCAUGUCACAACCCUCAUCAUUCGCCACUACCAUGCCAACGUCAAACACCAAGGUAGGCACUUUACAGAGGGUGCAGUCCGUUCUGGAGGUUUCUGGGUCAUAGGCGGCAAGAGGAUGAUAGCCUCUAUUGUUCGCAAAUGCAUACCAUGUAGAAGACUACGUGGAAAACUUGAGUGGCAGAAAAUGAGUGAUUUGCCACUCGACAGACUGAAAGUUUGUCCACCAUUUUCGUACGUUGGGGUGGAUGCCUUUGGUCCCUGGGAGAUAGUUGCACGACGGACAAGAGGUGGUCUUGCGAAUGCCAAACGAUGGGCAGUGCUGUUCACAUGUCUUGUCUCCAGAGCGGUACAUCUUGAGAUUUUGGAAGAACUAAGCACAUCCUCCUUCAUCAAUGCACUGCGGAGAUUUAUCUCAUUGCGAGGACCAGUACUUCAGUACAGAUCUGACCGCGGCACCAACUUUAUUGGAGCAGUGAACGAACUUGAAAUCAACGAAGUGCUUGUUGAAGAGCCUACAUUCAAAACGUUUCUUUGUGACAGUGGGUCAACUUGGAUUUUCAAUGCUCCACACUCCAGCCACAUGGGUGGAGUGUGGGAAAGAAUGAUCGGAGUCACGCGACGCAUCUUGGACUCAAUGUUAAUGGACCUUUCAAGCAAACAUCUCACUCAUGAGGUCCUGAGUACCUUCCUGGCUGAAGUCACGGCAAUAAUUAACUCCAGGCCAAUAACGACAGUUUCAUCGGACCCUGAAGCACCGGAAAUCCUCACUCCGUCCGCACUCCUCACACAGAAAUCGUCAAGCUGCCAUAUGCCUAUGCCAGAGGUGACCCUCCAGGAGGCUUACAGAAGCCAAUGGAAAUGUGUUCAGCACCUGGCAGAAAUCUUCUGGAGUAAGUGGAGAUCACAAUUCCUUCUAAAUCUCCAAACAAGACCAAAGUGGCAAGUACAGAGACCAAAUCUCGUGCAAGGAGACCUUGUCUUGUUGAAAGAAAACCAGUCCCCCAGAUACGCCUGGCCAAUGGCAUUGGUUGAUCAAACUUUCCCAAGCGACGAUGGUAUGGUGCGGAAGGUCGAAGUUGCCGUCAUCUCGAAGGGCAAGAGGAUCAAGUACAUCAGACCAAUUACAGACUGCGUGCUACUCAUUUCAACCCAAUGA